GCCGGCCUGCAACCCCAGCCUGGGUUAAGGAGGAGUGCCUUCAGGGGCUGGACCCCUCAGACGGACACAUAAGCAGCCUUCAGCAUUGCCAGGAAUGCAUGUAAGUUGAGAAACCAGCAACUUACCAGCCAGCGGCUAAGGCAUUACCACACCAGUGCAGGAUCUGGAAAGCAGAUAUGUGCAUUUAUACAGGUGGGCUAGCCACAGACGCCUGCAGAAGAUGAACCUGGAAGGAUGUUACCACUGCAUCCCAGCCGCACGCUGCAGCGUUUGUUGCUCGCACUGAGCUGCUGCUACGGUCCACGCUUCUUGCUGUGAUCCUCCUUGGUCCUACCAGUGUCAUGCCUCGGGGAAGCCGCAGCGCGGCUGCCAGGCCGGCCAGCCGCCCAGCCCACCCUCCUGCGCACCCACCACCCUCAGCGGCUGCCCCGGGCCCUGCCUCUUCUGGCCAGCCGGGCCUUAUGGCUCAGAUGGCGUCCACCGCUGCUGGCGUAGCUGUGGGUUCUGCUGUUGGGCAUGUCAUGGGUAAUGCCCUGACCAGCGCCUUCAGUGGGGGAAGCUCGGAGCCUGCCCAGCCUGCCGUCCAGCAGGCCCCUGCCCGUCAGGCCUCUCACCCCCUACAGAUGGGGCCCUGCUCCUAUGAGAUCAAGCAGUUCCUGGAUUGCUCCACCACUCAGAGUGACCUAACCCUAUGCGAGGGCUUCAGUGAGGCCCUGAAGCAGUGUAAAUACAAUCAUGGUCUGAGCUCCCUGCCCUGAGGAGGCCAUGGGCCUGCUCUUACCCUAACCCCUCACCGACAGCCUGACCAAGAUGAGAUUGUACCUGGAACUGGAGUAAGGAGGGUAAUUCUCACCCCACGGAUUAACAAAAGACAUAAAUGUUCAAUUAAAGAGUUUACUUUAGACCACA